GCGGCGGGCAGGCCAGGGACGGGGACGCAGCGCCGCGCCCCGUGGGUGAAUCCCCGCCUCGCCCCGGGGACCUCCCUCCCGGGCACCGGCCGGCCGCCACCAUGAGCCCCCCUCCCCUGCCUGCGGCGCCCCUGCUUCUAGCCAGCGCCACCUCGGAGCCCCGGGGCCAGCGGGAGGUGGGGAGAAUGCCGCCUGGGGUGGGUAAGUUCGGGGCUCUGGUGCCGCUGGAAUUUCCCAUUGUCGGGCACACCGGCGCGGCCCCCGGACCUGCGAGUGCCUCCUCCCUCCGGAGGUGUGCGGAGGCUUUGUGUGCCAGGUCCGAUCCUUACUGGGUGCAAUGAAAGCUCCACGCAGGCCUUACCAUGGAAGGCUGUGACUCGCCCGUCGUCUCGGGGAAGGACAAUGGGUGCGGUAUCCCUCAGCACCGGCAAUGGACUGAACUCAACAGCACCCACCUCCCCGACAAACCCAGUAGCAUGGAGCAGCCCACAGGCGAGAGCCACGGGCCCCUGGACGGCCUGAGGGCCCCCUUCAAUGAGCGCCUCGCGGAGAGCAGCGCCUCGGCCGGGGCCCCCGCCGAGCCCGCCAGCAAGGAGGUGAGCUGCAACGAGUGCGCCGCCUCCUUCGCCAGCCUGCAGACCUACAUGGAGCACCACUGCCCCGGCGCGCGCCCGCCGCCGCCCCUGCGAGAGGAGAGCGCCAGCGACACCAGCGAGGAGGGCGACGAGGAGAGCGACGUGGAGAACCUGGCCGGGGAGAUCGUCUACCAGCCCGACGGCUCCGCGUACAUCGUGGAGAGCCUGAGCCAGCUGACCCAGGGCGGGGGCGCGUGCGGCAGCGGCAGCGGGCCUGUCCCCUCGCUCUUCCUGAACUCUCUCCCCGGGGCGGGGGGCAAGCAAGGGGACCCUUCGUGUGCUGCACCCGUGUACCCGCAGAUCAUCAACACUUUCCACAUAGCCUCAUCCUUCGGGAAAUGGUUUGAGGGCUCAGACCAGGCUUUCCCGAAUACCUCAGCCCUGGCGGGGCUCAGCCCCGUCCUGCACAGCUUCCGCGUUUUUGACGUGCGACACAAAAGCAACAAGGAUUACCUGAACAGCGACGGUUCUGCCAAAAGCUCCUGCGUAUCCAAAGAUGUUCCCAACAAUGUGGACCUGUCCAAAUUCGAUGGCUUUGUGCUCUACGGCAAGAGGAAGCCCAUCCUGAUGUGUUUCUUGUGCAAACUCUCCUUCGGGUACGUCCGUUCAUUUGUGACCCACGCGGUGCACGACCAUCGAAUGACCCUGAGUGAAGACGAGCGGAAAAUUCUUAGCAAUAAGAACAUCUCCGCUAUCAUCCAAGGGAUCGGCAAAGACAAGGAACCCCUUGUAAGUUUUCUGGAACCAAAAAACAAAAACUUUCAACACCCUUUAGUUUCCACAGCUAACCUCAUAGGCCCCGGACAUAGUUUUUAUGGUAAAUUUAGUGGCAUUCGAAUGGAAGGGGAGGAGGCUCUCCCAGCCGGCUCUGCCACUGGCCCUGAGCAGCCCCAGGCUGGUCUCUUGACCCCCAGCACCCUCUUGAACCUUGGCGGGCUCACCAGCUCGGUCCUGAAGACCCCCAUUACCUCAGUCCCCCUGGGGCCUCUGGCUUCCAGUCCUACCAAAUCCUCAGAGGGCAAGGACUCUGGGGCAGCUGAAGGAGAGAAGCAAGAAGUGGGCGACCCCGAUUGCUUCUCCGAGAAAGCAGAGCCAGCCGAGGAGGAGGCGGAAGAGGAAGAGGAAGAAGAAGAGGCGGAGGAGGAGGAAGAAGAGGAGGAGGAGGAAGAAGARGAGGAGGAAGACGAGGGUUGCAAAGGACUCUUUCCAAGUGAGUUGGAAGAUGAGCUGGAGGACAGGCCCCCCGAGGAGCCCGGGGCCGCGGCAGGUGGUAGCAGCAAAAAGGACCUUGCUCUCUCAAACCAAAGCAUUUCUAACUCCCCCUUAAUGCCUAAUGUGCUCCAGACCCUGUCGAGGGGCACAGCUUCUACUAGUUCUAAUUCCGCUUCUUCCUUUGUUGUCUUUGAUGGUGCGAACAGGAGGAAUCGUUUAAGCUUUAACAGUGAGGGCGUCAGGGCCAAUGUGGCAGAGGGCGGCAGGAGGCUGGACUUCGCUGACGAAAGUGCCAAUAAAGACAAUGCCACAGCACCAGAACCAAAUGAAAGCACAGAGGGCGACGAUGGGGGCUUUGUCCCCCAUCACCAGCACGCUGGCUCCCUCUGCGAGCUGGGGGUUGGGGAGUGCCCCUCGGGGAGUGGCGUGGAGUGCCCCAAAUGCGACACGGUCCUGGGCUCCUCCCGCUCGCUGGGCGGCCACAUGACCAUGAUGCAUUCUCGUAACUCGUGUAAGACACUCAAGUGCCCCAAGUGCAACUGGCACUAUAAGUACCAGCAGACGCUGGAGGCACACAUGAAGGAGAAGCACCCGGAGCCUGGGGGCUCCUGCGUCUACUGCAAAAGCGGGCAGCCCCACCCCCGGUUGGCACGAGGCGAGAGCUACACGUGUGGUUACAAGCCUUUCCGCUGCGAGGUGUGUAACUACUCCACAACGACCAAAGGCAACCUCAGUAUUCACAUGCAGUCCGACAAGCAUCUCAACAACAUGCAGAACCUGCAGAAUGGAGGCGGGGAGCAGGUCUUCAGCCACACCGCUGGGGCGGCGGCGGCAGCGGCAGCUGCAGCAGCAGCAGCAGCCAACAUCAGUAGCUCCUGCGGGGCCCCCUCGCCCACCAAACCAAAAACCAAACCCACAUGGCGGUGCGAGGUGUGUGAUUACGAGACCAACGUGGCUAGGAACCUCCGCAUUCACAUGACCAGUGAGAAGCACAUGCACAACAUGAUGCUGCUGCAGCAGAACAUGACCCAGAUCCAGCACAACCGCCACCUGGGCCUGGGCAGCCUGCCCUCGCCCGCAGAGGCCGAGCUGUACCAGUACUACCUGGCCCAGAACAUGAACCUGCCCAACCUGAAGAUGGACAGUGCCGCCUCUGACGCCCAGUUCAUGAUGAGUGGAUUCCAGCUGGAUCCCACAGGGCCCAUGGCCGCCAUGACGCCUGCUCUAGUGGGCGGUGAGAUCCCCCUAGACAUGCGGCUCGGGGGUGGGCAGCUGGUGUCGGAGGAGCUGAUGAACCUGGGCGAGAGCUUCAUCCAGACCAACGACCCGUCGCUGAAGCUCUUCCAGUGCGCCGUCUGCAACAAGUUCACGACGGACAACYUGGACAUGCUGGGGCUGCACAUGAACGUGGAGCGCAGCCUCUCAGAGGACGAGUGGAAGGCUGUGAUGGGGGACUCGUACCAGUGCAAGCUCUGCCGCUACAACACCCAGCUCAAGGCCAACUUCCAGCUGCACUGCAAGACAGACAAGCACGUGCAGAAGUACCAGCUGGUGGCCCACAUCAAGGAGGGUGGCAAGGCCAACGAGUGGAGGCUCAAGUGCGUGGCCAUCGGCAACCCUGUGCACCUCAAGUGCAACGCCUGCGACUACUACACCAACAGCCUAGAGAAACUGCGGCUGCACACGGUCAACUCCAGGCACGAGGCCAGCCUGAAGUUGUACAAGCACCUGCAGCAGCAUGAGAGUGGUGUGGAGGGCGAGAGCUGCUACUACCACUGCGUUCUGUGCAACUACUCCACCAAGGCCAAGCUCAACCUCAUCCAGCACGUGCGCUCCAUGAAGCACCAGCGCAGCGAGAGCCUGCGCAAGCUGCAGCGGCUGCAGAAGGGCCUUCCGGAGGAGGACGAGGACCUGGGGCAGAUCUUCACCAUCSGCAGGUGCCCCUCCACUGACCCAGAAGAAGCCAUUGAAGAUGUUGAAGGACCCAGUGAAACGACUGCUGAUCCAGAGGAGCUUGCUAAAGACCAAGAGAGUGGAGGCGAGAAGGACCAGAACAAGUGGACAGCAUCGUCCAGCCAAGCAGAGAAGGAGCUGACAGAUUCUCCUGCAACCUCUAAACGCAUCUCCUUCCCGGGUAGCUCAGACUGUCCUCUCUCUUCCAAGCGACCAAAAACAUCCGAGGAGAGCAAACCAGAGCAGAUGUACCAGUGCCCCUACUGCAAGUACAGCAACGCCGACGUGAACCGGCUCCGGGUGCACGCCAUGACGCAGCACUCGGUACAGCCCAUGCUGCGCUGCCCCCUGUGCCAGGACAUGCUCAACAACAAGAUUCACCUCCAGCUGCACCUCACCCACCUCCACAGCGUGGCACCCGACUGCGUGGAGAAACUCAUUAUGACGGUGACCACCCCUGAGAUGGUGAUGCCCAGCAGCAUGUUCCUGCCAGCAGCUGUUCCAGAUCGAGAUGGGAAUUCCAGCGUGGAAGAGGCAGGAAAGCAGCCUGAAACUUCAGAGGAUCUGGGAAAGAACAUCUUGCCAUCUGCAAGCACAGAGCACAGCGGAGAUUUGAAACCUUCUUCUGCUGACCCAGGAUCUGUGAGAGAAGACUCGGGCUUCCUCUGCUGGAAGAAGGGGUGCAACCAGGUUUUCAAGACUUCAGCUGCCCUCCAGACACAUUUCAACGAGGUACAUGCCAAGAGGCCCCAGCUGCCCGUGUCAGAUCGCCACGUGUACAAGUACCGCUGCAACCAGUGCAGCCUGGCUUUCAAGACCAUCGAAAAGUUGCAGCUGCAUUCUCAGUACCAUGUGAUCCGAGCCGCCACCAUGUGCUGUCUCUGUCAGCGCAGUUUUCGAACAUUCCAGGCUCUGAAAAAACACCUUGAGACAAGCCACCUGGAGUUGAGUGAGGCCGACAUUCAACAACUUUAUGGUGGCCUUCUGGCCAAUGGGGACCUCUUGGCAAUGGGAGACCCCACCCUGGCUGAAGACCACACCAUAAUUGUUGAAGAAGACAAGGAAGAAGAAAGUGACUUGGAAGAUAAACAGAGCCCCACGGGCAGUGACUCUGGGUCGGUACAAGAAGAUUCAGGUGCAGAGCCAAAGAGAGCUCUACCUUUCAGAAAAGGCCCCAACUUUACUAUGGAAAAGUUUCUAGACCCUUCUCGCCCUUACAAGUGCACCGUCUGUAAGGAAUCUUUCACUCAAAAGAAUAUACUGCUGGUGCACUACAAUUCUGUCUCCCACCUGCACAAGUUAAAGAGAGCCCUUCAAGAAUCAGCAACUGGUCAACCAGAACCCACCAGCAGCCCAGACAACAAACCUUUUAAGUGUAACACUUGUAAUGUGGCCUACAGCCAGAGUUCCACUCUGGAGAUCCACAUGAGGUCUGUGCUGCAUCAAACCAAAGCCCGAGCAGCCAAGCUGGAGGCUGCAAGUGGUAGCAGCAAUGGGACUGGGAACAGUGGCAGUGUCCCACUGAGUUCCUCCAUACCAAGUCCCGUGAGCACCAGUGGCAGCAGUAACACCUUUACCACCACCAAUCCAAGUAGUGCCAGCAUCACUCCAAGCUCCGGCUUACUGAGCCAAGUGCCCGCUGAGAGUGUUGGGAUGCUGCCCCUAGGGAAUCCCAUCGGUGCCAACAUUGCUUCCCCUUCAGAGCCCAAGGAGGCCAAUCGGAAGAAGCUGGCAGACAUGAUCGCAUCCAGGCAGCAGCAACAACAGCAGCAGCAGCAACAGCAGCAGCAGCAACAGCAGCAGCAGCAACAAGCUCAGACACUGGCCCAGGCCCAGGCUCAAGUUCAGGCUCACUUGCAGCAGGAACUGCAGCAGCAGGCUGCCCUGAUCCAGUCCCAGCUGUUUAACCCCACCCUCCUGCCUCACUUCCCCAUGACCACUGAGACCCUGCUCCAGCUGCAGCAGCAGCAGCACCUCCUCUUCCCUUUCUACAUCCCCAGCGCUGAGUUCCAGCUCAACCCUGAGGUGAGCUUGCCAGUGACGAGCGGGGCACUGACGCUGACAGGGACGGGGCCAGGCCUGCUGGAAGAUCUGAAGGCUCAGGUUCAGAUCCCACAGCAGAGCCACCAGCAGAUCCUGCAGCAGCAGCAGCAGCAACAACAGCAAAAUCAACUUCUGUCCCAGAGUCACUCUGCCCUCCUUCAGCCAAGCCAGCUCCCGGAAAAGAAAAACAAAUUGGUCAUCAAAGACAAGGAAAAAGAGAGCCAGAGAGAGAGGGAGGGUGCUGAAGGGGGAGAAGGCAUCGCAGGACCGAAGGAGCUGCUGCCAGAUGCCUUGAAGGCCAAAGAGAAGAAAGAGCUGGCACCAGGGGGUGGUUCUGAGCCUUCUAUGCUUCCUCCGCGCAUCGCCUCGGAUGCCAGAGGGAACGCCACCAAGGCCUUGCUGGAGAACUUCGGCUUUGAGCUGGUCAUUCAGUACAACGAGAACAAGCAGAAGGUGCAGAAGAAGACCGGGAAGACGGAGCAGGGGGAGAACCUGGAGAAGCUCGAGUGCGACUCCUGCGGCAAGCUGUUUUCCAACAUCUUGAUUUUAAAGAGUCAUCAAGAGCAUGUUCAUCAGAAUUACUUCCCCUUUAAGCAGCUGGAGAGGUUUGCCAAACAGUACAGAGAGCACUAUGAUAAACUGUACCCUCUGAGGCCCCAGACCCCAGAGCCCCCGCCCCCGCCCCCUCCGCCCCCUCCGCCCCCGCUUCCUGCAGCACCUCCACAGCCAGCCUCCACGCCUGCCAUCCCGGCAUCCGCCCCACCCAUCACCUCGCCCACCAUCGCCCCGGCCCAGCCCUCGGUGCCGCUCACCCAGCUCUCCAUGCCCAUGGAGCUGCCCAUCUUCUCGCCGCUGAUGAUGCAGACCAUGCCACUGCAGACCCUGCCAGCUCAGCUGCCCCCUCAGCUUGGCCCUGUGGAACCUCUGCCCGCAGACCUGGCCCAGUUGUACCAGCACCAGCUCAAUCCAACCCUGCUCCAGCAGCAGAACAAGAGGCCUCGCACCAGGAUCACCGAUGACCAGCUCCGAGUGCUGCGCCAGUAUUUUGACAUCAACAACUCCCCCAGUGAGGAGCAGAUCAAAGAGAUGGCAGACAAGUCUGGGUUGCCCCAGAAAGUGAUCAAGCACUGGUUCAGGAACACUCUCUUCAAAGAGCGGCAGCGCAACAAGGACUCCCCCUACAACUUCAGCAAUCCUCCCAUCACCAGCCUGGAGGAGCUCAAGAUCGACUCCAGGCCUCCUUCCCCAGAACCUCAGAAGCAGGAGUACUGGGGUAGCAAGAGGUCUUCCAGAACAAGGUUUACUGACUACCAGCUGAGAGUCCUCCAGGACUUCUUUGAUGCCAAUGCUUACCCAAAGGACGAUGAAUUUGAGCAACUCUCUAAUUUACUGAACCUUCCAACCCGAGUCAUUGUGGUGUGGUUUCAGAAUGCCCGACAGAAGGCCAGGAAAAAUUAUGAGAAUCAGGGAGAGGGCAAAGAUGGAGAGCGGCGAGAGCUUACAAAUGAUAGAUACAUCCGAACAAGCAACCUGAACUACCAGUGCAAGAAAUGUAGCCUGGUGUUCCAGCGCAUCUUUGAUCUCAUCAAGCACCAGAAGAAGCUGUGUUACAAGGACGAGGACGAGGAGGGGCAGGAUGACAGCCAAAACGAGGACUCCAUGGAUGCCAUGGAAAUCCUCACCCCCACCAGCUCCUCCUGCAGCACCCCGAUGCCCUCGCAGGCUUACAGUGCCCCCGCACCAUCGGCCAAUACAGCUCCCUCUGCUUUCCUGCAGCUUACAGCGGAGGCCGACGACCUGGCCACCUUCAGUUCAAAAGCAGAGGCGAGUGAUGAGAAACCAAAGCAGGCUGACCCUCCCAGUGCACAGCCGAACCAAACCCAAGAAAAGCAAGGACAACCAAAGGCAGAGCUGCAGCAGCAAGACCAGCCGGAGCAGAAGACCAGUGCACCCCAGCCAAAGCUCCCACAGCUGGCUGCCCCGCCCUCCCUGCCACAGCCUCCUCCACAGGCGCCCCCUCCUCAGUGUCCCCUGCCCCAGUCGAGCCCCAGUCCUUCUCAGCUCUCCCACCUGCCCCUCAAGCCCCUCCACACAUCAACUCCUCAACAGCUGGCGAACCUACCUCCUCAGCUAAUCCCCUACCAGUGCGACCAGUGCAAGCUGGCCUUCCCAUCAUUUGAGCACUGGCAGGAGCAUCAGCAGCUUCACUUCCUGAGUGCGCAGAACCAGUUCAUCCACCCUCAGUUUUUGGACCGGUCACUGGACAUGCCUUUCAUGCUGUUUGAUCCCAGCAACCCACUCCUGGCCAGCCAGCUGCUCUCGGGGGCCAUUCCUCAGAUCCCCGCCAGCUCGGCCACCUCUCCUUCCACGCCCACCUCCACCAUGAACACUCUCAAGAGGAAGCUGGAGGAAAAGGCCAGCGGGAGCCCCGGAGAGAAUGACAGUGGGACAGGAGGGGAGGAGCCGCAGAGGGACAAGCGUUUGAGGACGACCAUUACGCCUGAACAGCUGGAAAUCCUUUACCAAAAGUAUCUGCUGGACUCCAAUCCAACUCGAAAGAUGUUGGAUCACAUCGCGCACGAGGUGGGCUUGAAGAAACGCGUGGUGCAGGUCUGGUUUCAGAACACUCGAGCUCGGGAAAGGAAAGGACAGUUCCGGGCUGUGGGCCCAGCCCAGGCCCACAGACGAUGCCCUUUUUGCAGAGCGCUCUUCAAAGCCAAGACUGCCCUCGAGGCUCAUAUCCGGUCCCGCCACUGGCAUGAAGCCAAGAGAGCCGGCUACAACCUGACUCUGUCUGCGAUGCUCUUAGACUGUGACGGGGGACUCCAGAUGAAAGGAGAUAUUUUUGAUGGAACUAGCUUUUCCCACCUUCCCCCAAGCAGUAGUGAUGGUCAGGGUGUCCCCCUCUCACCUGUGAGUAAGACCAUGGAGCUGUCUCCCAGAACUCUCCUCAGCCCUUCCUCCAUCAAGGUGGAGGGGAUCGAAGACUUUGAAAGCCCCUCCAUGUCCUCGGUUAAUCUAAACUUUGACCAAACUAAGCUGGACAACGAUGACUGUUCCUCUGUCAACACGGCAAUCACAGACACCACAACAGGAGACGAGGGCAAUGCGGAUAAUGACAGUGCGACGGGAAUAGCAACUGAAACCAAAUCAUCUUCUGCACCCAGUGAGGGGCUGACCAAAGCAGCCAUGAUGGCAAUGUCCGAGUAUGAAGAUCGGUUGUCAUCUGGUCUGGUCAGCCCAGCCCCGAGCUUUUAUAGCAAAGAAUAUGACAACGAAGGUACAGUGGACUACAGUGAAACCUCAAGCCUUGCGGACCCCUGCUCCCCGAGUCCUGGUGUGAGUGGUUCUGCAGGCAAAUCUGGUGACAGCGGGGAUCGGCCUGGGCAGAAACGUUUUCGCACUCAAAUGACCAAUUUGCAGCUGAAGGUCCUCAAGUCAUGCUUUAAUGACUAUAGGACACCCACUAUGCUAGAGUGUGAGGUCCUGGGCAAUGACAUUGGACUGCCAAAGAGAGUUGUUCAGGUCUGGUUCCAGAACGCCCGGGCAAAAGAAAAGAAGUCCAAGUUAAGCAUGGCCAAGCAUUUUGGUAUAAACCAAACAAGUUACGAGGGACCUAAAACAGAGUGCACUUUGUGUGGCAUCAAGUACAGCGCUCGGCUGUCUGUACGUGACCAUAUCUUUUCCCAACAGCACAUCUCCAAAGUCAAAGACACCAUUGGAAGCCAGUUGGACAAGGAGAAAGAAUACUUUGACCCAGCCACUGUACGUCAGUUGAUGGCUCAACAAGAGUUGGACCGGAUUAAAAAGGCCAAUGAGGUCCUUGGACUGGCAGCUCAGCAGCAAGGGAUGUUUGACAACGCCCCUCUCCAGGCUCUUAACCUUCCUACAGCGUAUCCAGCGCUCCAGGGCAUUCCUCCCGUGUUGCUCCCUGGCCUCAACAGCCCCUCCUUGCCAGGCUUUACUCCAUCCAACACAGCUUUAACGUCUCCUAAACCGAACUUGAUGGGUCUGCCCAGCACAACAGUUCCUUCCCCUGGCCUCCCCACAUCUGGAUUACCAAAUAAACCGUCCUCAGCAUCGCUGAGCUCCCCGACCCCAGCACAAGCCACCAUGGCGAUGGCCCCUCAGCAACCCCCCCAACCCCAGCAGCAGCAGCAGCCACAGGUGCAGCAGCCUCCUCCGCCGCCAGCAGCCCAGCUGCCACCCACCCCACAGCUCCCACCGCAGCAGCAACGCAAGGACAAAGACAGUGAGAAAGUAAAGGAGAAGGAGAAGGCACACAAAGGGAAAGGUGAACCCCUGCCUGCCCCCAAGAAGGAGAAGGGAGAGGCGCCCACGGCCGCUGCAGCCACGCUCUCUGCCCCGCUGCCCGCCAUGGAGUAUGCAGUGGACCCUGCUCAGCUGCAGGCCCUGCAGGCAGCCUUGACUUCAGACCCCACAGCACUGCUCACGAGCCAGUUCCUUCCUUACUUUGUACCAGGCUUUUCUCCUUAUUACGCCCCCCAGAUCCCUGGCGCCCUGCAGAGCGGGUACCUGCAGCCUAUGUAUGGCAUGGAAGGCCUGUUCCCCUACAGCCCUGCGCUGUCGCAGGCCCUGAUGGGGCUGUCCCCGGGCUCCCUACUGCAGCAGUACCAGCAAUACCAGCAGAGUCUGCAGGAGGUGAUCCAGCAGCAGCAGCAGCAGCGGCAACUGCAACAGCAGCAGCAGCAGCAGCAGCAGCAGAAAGUGCAGCAGCAGCAGCAGCAGCAGCAGCAGCAGCAGCAGCAGCAGCCCAAAGCAAGCCAAACCCCAGUCCCCCAGGGGGCUGCUUCCCCAGACAAAGACCCUGCCAAAGAAUCCCCCAAACCAGAAGAGCAGAAAAAUGCCCCCCGCGAGGUGUCCCCCCUCCUGCCGAAACCCCCCGAAGAGCCAGAAGCAGAAAGCAAAAGUGCGGACUCCCUCUACGACCCCUUCAUUGUUCCAAAGGUGCAGUACAAGUUGGUCUGCCGCAAGUGCCAGGCGGGCUUCGGCGACGAGGAGGCGGCGAGGAGCCACCUGAAGUCCCUCUGCUUCUUCGGCCAGUCUGUGGUGAACCUGCAAGAGAUGGUGCUUCACGUCCCCACCGGGAGCGGCGGCGGCGGCGGCGGCGGCGGCGGCGGCUCGUACCACUGCCUGGCGUGCGAGAGCGCGCUCUGUGGGGAGGAAGCUCUGAGUCAGCAUCUCGAGUCGGCCUUGCACAAACACAGAACAAUCACGAGAGCAGCGAGAAACGCCAAAGAGCACCCUAGUUUAUUACCUCACUCUGCCUGCUUCCCCGAUCCUAGCACCGCAUCUACCUCGCAGUCUGCCGCUCACUCAAACGACAGCCCCCCGCCCCCGUCGGCCCCCGCGCCCCCGCCCGCUUCCCCCCACGCCCCCAGGAAGGCUUGGCCGCCGGUGGUCGCCCGGGCUUCGGCCGCGAAGCCCCCUUCUUUUCCUCCUCUCUCCUCAUCUUCAACGGUUACCUCAAGUUCAUGCAGCACCUCAGGGGUUCAGCCCUCGAUGCCAACAGACGACUAUUCGGAGGAGUCUGACACGGAUCUCAGCCAAAAGUCCGACGGACCGGCGAGCCCGGUGGAGGGUCCCAAAGACCCCAGCUGCCCCAAGGACAGUGGUCUGACCAGUGUAGGAACGGACACCUUCAGAUUGUAAGCUUUGAAGAUGAACAAUACAAACAAAUGAAUUUAAAUAAAAAAAAAUUAAUAACAAACCAAUUUCAAAAAUAGACUGACUGCAAUUCCAAAGCUUCUAACCAAAAAAACAAAAAAACACACAAAAAAAAAACAAAAAAAAGGAAAAAAAAGAAAAAGCGUGGGUUGUUUUCCCAUAUACCUAUCUAUGCCGGUGAUUUUACAUUCUUGUCUUUUUUUUCUUUUAAUAUUAAAAACAGAAACACCCCUAACCCUGUUCCAUUGUGUCCUUUUGAAGGUACUAUUGGUCUGGGAAACAGAAGUCCGCAGGGCCUCCCCUAUGUCUUUGGAGCUUAAACCCCUUGUAUAUUUGCCCCUUUUCAAUAAACGCCCCACCUUGAGAGCACAGAGGAGCCCGGCAUGCACUGUAUGGGAAAGCAGUCCACCUUGUUGCAGUUUUAGAUUUCUUGCUAUCUUAGCAUUCAGAUACCAAUGGCUUGCUAAAAAGAAAAAAAGAAAUGUAAUGUCUUUUUAUUCUCAGGUCAAUCGCUCACACUUUGUUCUGUUUUCA